AUGGGCCGAGGACCCGAAGAGGGGCGGGGGGACUCACGUUUCUCUGACAUCACGGCGGGUGCCGGAGCAGCCGGGGGCCAGCAGCCCCACUGCCACGGCCACUGCGCACCAGCGCCUGCCCGCCCGCCGCCCCCCGAAACUGCCGCUCCCCGGCACCUCCGGACUCAGCCAGAACCCCCAGAACCAGCCCUCGCCUGCACCCUGGAACUUGGGGAGACAGAGAUCAACUUUGCCAUUAUUCCCCCCUUUCCUGGCCCCCCACAUGCAUCGCGGGAUGGAGCCUUGCUCCUGCAGCCCAGGCCAGGGAAGGCAGAGCAGUGCUGGAGAUCCUGUCCAAGUGAUGGUGGGACCAGGAUAGAGGACCUGCAGCAAGGAUGUUUGAAACCAAGCCAGCUGAGAUCCUCUUGCCUCGUGCUUUUCUUGCUCUCCUUGCACUGGGCUUGCCUCCAGCUGGGCGAUGCUUUUCCCAGCACCUCUGAUUACCUCCAGCGGGGCUGGCAGCGGCUGCUGGAGGAAGAAGGCUGCGCCGAGUGCCGGCCAGAGAGUGCCCGGUGCCGCGCGGGGUGCCUGGCUGGCACAGUGCGGGAUGCCUGUGACUGCUGCUGGGAGUGCGCCAACUGAGGACAAAUCUGUGACCUGGACAACACCAACUACUUCUAUGGCAAGUGUGGGGAGCACUCUGGAAUGCGGCUGGACACUGGGGACCUGCAGCGUAGAGAGGUGCCCGAGCCCCAAGUGCGCUGCCUCUCCCACCUGGCCCUCUGCGGCUCUGAUGGCAAAACCUAUGCCCAGAUCUGCAGGUUCCUGGAGGUUGCCCGUGCCCAUCCUGAUGCCAACCUCACAGUGGUCCACGAGGGGCCCUGCGAAUCAGAGCCCCAGAUCAUCUCUCCUCCCUAUGACACGUGGAAUGUCACUGGACAGGAUGUCAUCUUUGGCUGCGAGGUCUUUGCUUACCCCAUGGCAUCAAUUGAGUGGAGGAAGGAUGGCACAGAGAUGCUGCUUCCUGGAGAUGACCCCCACAUUUCUGUUCAGUUCAGAGGUGGCCCUCAGAAAUACGAAGUGACAGGCUGGCUCCAGAUCCAGGGUGUGCAGGUGACGGAUGAAGGCACCUACUGCUGCUUCGCCAGGAACAGGGUUGGGGAGGUGAUGGCAUUAGCCAGCCUGACUGUCCUGACACCAGACCAGCUCAACCUGACAGGCUUUUCCCUGCCAAAGCCCAGAACGAUGCCUGAGGACUACGGGGAGAGUGAGGAGGACUAUUACUAGCCCAGAGAUGGGAUGUCCAGCUGCAGAGAUCAUCUUUCUCACUGUGGCUACUCCAGGGGGUUGGAGACAUCUCAGAAGCAAGAACGUCCUAGCCCAAAACUCCUUCUCUGAACAGUCCUGGCACAGCAGCCUCUUUUUUGGGGUGGGGAACAGGGUGACAAAUCCCUUUGCUGGGGGAUGCUCAGGGAGCGAACACUGUCUGGCUGGUGGCUCAGGGCUGGGGCUGAGGGUGGCUCUGCCUGGUGGAAGGGUGGGCAUGUCCUCAAGUCCUGAGAGGGGAUGUGGUGACAAGUGAGACAUUGCAGGGGCAUCCACUGCAUGAGCUAUGAGGACCUGAUGCUGGGGGUGGAGGCAGCUUACCCUCACCAGCCCCGGGAGAGGGAAGACAGAACAAUGCCAUCAGCCCUGUGCAAACUAUUUUGGCAAAGCCAGAGCAGAGGGCUGGGACCCUCUGAGUGUCUCCUUCAGGACAACCUGCCUCCCUCAAGGCAAGGGCACACAGGCUUCUUCCCAGGACGUGGGGAAUUUGCUGCUGAAACAUCCUUCUUUCCCAGUUUGUUUUUAGCUGGAAAAGUAGUGAUUUAAGGAAACCAGACUCCUGUGGUUUUCACAGUGCUGUCUUUGCUCCCCUGGACAAUGUUGGCCCAACCACCCAUGUGGUCAGAAACACUUUGGCCUUUUCCAAGCAAAUUUGUGUUUUCUAUUCCAAGCAGCUCUUUACUUUGCUAUUUCAGUUAAUGUUAGUUAAAAUAUACAUGUAAGUCAAGACU